CGGGGUGCCAGUGGGACUGUGCAGGAGCGAGCAAAUUGAAGGAAUUCGCAGCAAACGGCGGCGGUCACACCCUGGCGGCGAAGGAAACGAAAUCCCUUGUCGGGGGCGUUGAAUGGCGUACGGCAACCACCUCGCUGCCUCCAACGUGGCAUCGAUCAAGGGGAGGGGGGUAUGGAAGGUGCCGUGGCGGUCCUUCGUGGCAGGAGAUGACGAUGGGCAGUCGUUAUUGCGCCAGAACCUCGUGUGAAUCGAUGACACAAAACGUCAACGACGACAGCGUCGACAUCCCAUGCGGACGAUAUUGGCGGUGGGAGCGCGACGUCCCAUGCUGGAUGGACACCAGCGGGACGCGAUUACGAAGAAUCGAAUGGGCUGGGAAGGUGGAGGCGCUUCGUGUCAUGCGCGAGAGUCGGGUUCUCGCACCGCACGCGUCCUCACCGCGCUCUUCGCGCGUGCUGGAUUCACCACCGCCGUCACAAGCGACAUCGGCUGCAACGGAACGCAGUUGCCAAUGCGCAGCCCCACCAACGGUGCACGUCGAUCUGUGAAUGGAGAAGUUCGUGCGCGUUUCAGGUGGUCUGGGAGGUACCAUCAUGGCGGGCAAUGCCCCACAACGACGUGGGUUGUCUAGUGCACACGUCAUCGCCGCCUCCAACGGCAGCAUUGCCAGCGUUUGCAUCGACGACGACGUGCAUGUGCGUACCAGCGGUCCCCCGCCGUGUGUCGAAACGAGCGACCAGAUCAUCCAGCACGUCGCAUUCGACGACGACACGAACAUGGCGUGCCCAAGUUGCCACUGGAAUCGCGGGGCCAUGGCACAAGUCUGUGUUGUGCAUCGCACAUCGCUCCACCCCCUUCCAUCUCUCGGCCCAUGGGGGCAUCCUUGCUUGACCAGGAAACGAAGAGGAUGCUGCCCCCCCACCUAGCUCAGGAAGCAAUGUCUCGUUUCAAACGUACGGCAAUCUGGCCAACGCUACUGCUUGUUCACUCUCAGAAAUGGACUGGAAGCAUCCCGACUGUGAAGGACGAUGUGCCUCUGCGUUCGGCAGCGCUGCAGCCUUGGCCCGUGGCAUGUCGACAUCGGCCCUCGUAGCGAAUUCGCCGCCGCUGGGAUGUGGAAGGUCCGACAAUGUGUACCUACCUACCUACCCAUGGGGCAGCCAUGCGCCCACCACUCGCAAGACUCCCAGCGCUGUGACGAGCUUGCCCAAGGGAGCGACUGAGGGCAAUAUAUCACUUGGCACGUCAAACGGCGCUGCCCAACGUCUUCCACGUUGCGCUUCCAUUAUGGAACAUCGCGGAAAACAUUCCACCGCGGCCAACGCAUUUCCACGACGAUGUCCACUUUUGUUUAUCGCAGCCAGGCCCGAAGUGUCAUGAAACGAUUCGUUCGUGUCGGUGCAUUGGCUGCGUCGCUUGUCACGGGCGAGAGCACGGGCGUGGCACCGUGCCUGGAUGCACCCGAGGGGUGGUCGGCCGUGCUUGGGUCACUCACACAAGUCGCCGCGGACAAAGCGAUCGUGUGUGGCUUGAACGCGCUCGACGAUUACAAGGUGUUUUGCAGCCUCAAGAAGCAGCCCGCGUCGUGGUGGCAACUCGAACACGUCGCGUUCAAAGAUAUCGCGGUGCGGGACGGUGUCGUCUUUGGCAUUCAGACCGACGGGAAACUCAUGACAGGUCCGUCCGGCCCGACCGCCACCUUUGUCCAAGUGCCGACGCCGUUCUGUGAAGCGGUGGCCAUCACGUUCAACGGAAGCACGUUGUGCGUCGUGACCAGUCGCAGCCAAAUCUUUUGCGCCAGCACGACGCGCACGGGCUUUCCCGCGACCGUCAACUGGCAACGGCUAGACGGUGACAUGACGCAACUUGCCCUCGCGGGGACGACCGUGUACGGCGUGAAUGGCCAGAACCAGCUCUGGACCGGCACCAUCACGGACGCGACUCUUGCGGCGGGCGUCACCAAGUGGGUCGAAGUGCCAAACUAUCGUUUCCAGCAAGUCGCGUUCGACGGCGAGCGAGUGUGCGGCGUAACGCCGUCGCUGCAAGUCGUUUGCGCUCCCAUCCACGUGGGCGACUCGAACAGCGCUCCGAUGUCGUGGACAGCGUUGGAAGGCGAAUUAACGUACGUGAGCAACUACGACACGUCCCUCUACGGCGUGGACGCAGCCGGACACGUUUACGUUCAGUACCUGGCGCCGCCGCCUGCCGUCCCGACGGCGAACGAGCCCCCAUCGUUGCCGGUCAAGCGAAAACGAGUGCCGUGGACCGUCGUGCCAACGCCCCAAAUGGCUCUCGUCACAGUGUCGUCGUUUGGGUCGAAUGUGUGUGGCACGGACAGCGCUGGGUCGAUCUACUGCACGGCUUUCAAUGCGGACACCCCAACGGUGGUGUCGUGGGUCCAGCUGCAAGGCCGCGCAAUGCAGGAAGUUGUGGUGGCCGACAAGGGAGCUCUCUACGGCGUGAGCAUGACCGGCGGCACUUUUUACGCACCUACAUGCAAGGCGACCGCGAGAUGGGUGCAGCAAUCCGACGACCUCAUGAACAUGGCUGUCGACGGGUCGGUGGUGUGUGGCGUCAGCCGUGGGUCGCUCGUGUACUGCGCCAACCGCAACACUCAAACCAGCACGCCCAACUGGACGUUGCUCGACGGUAUCUUGAUUCAAAUCGUCGUGGCAAAUGGCGUCCUCUUCGGGCUGGAUACACGAAACAAGCUGUGGACGGGCUCGUCCAAGACAAUCGAGUCGGGGUCGGGGUCGUGGGCACCGAUCGCCAACAGCGCCAAGUACUCUCGGAUCUCGUACGACGGCAUCCGUCUCUGCGGGGUCCUGACCCCUGGGAACAAGAUCCGGUGUGCCGACGCCGGCCUAGCAACGUUGCCCAACUGGUACAACGUCCCUGGAGCAGGAGCCAACAUGGCAUACGUGUCGGUCCAACGCGAGAACUUGUUUGCACUCAUGGCCAACUCGACGCUGCUCUACCGCGCCCUCGACGCCGGCGACGAAAACAUCUAAGUUUGUGAUGGCGUGGACGAGAAACAAGGAAACCAUGCGAUCGAUCACUUGUCGCCCUGCACGAGCAUAGCACCACAUGCAUGACACACCCCUUCCAAUUAGAUGGAAUUCAUUCAAACACAACACCAUACCCUCUGUAAAACACCACAAGCAGCGCACUGGCGCGACGCCGCCUUGUUUCGUCUUCCUUCGCCCGACCUCGAUCGCGUCGCUGCGGCGAGCGAUU